GUUAUUUUUGUUAUUCUGAUGGAGUUUUCAGUGUCAGCCCCAAAUCCUAGAGAAUUUAUGAUUAAUUAUUUGGCUAAAAAUUGUUCUUUUCCACCUUUGAAAUAUGUUUUGAAGAUGGAAUCAACUAUGGCAGAUUUUCAAUGUUCUGAAGACGAUCCUGGUUCCUUGUGUAAUUUGAUGAAAUCGGCACAGGACAGGGCAUGUCACAUUCAGAUGGAACAAAGCAAAUACGAAGAGAUAAAGAAGUCGUUUUCAGCCGAUGAUCUUUGCCGAUUGUUGAAGCCUGAGGGAAAUUUGUCUUGUAGCACAUGGUGUGAAGGGAAGGAGGAUAUGUGCAAAUACCUUUAUAUGUAUUAUUAUGCCAUCGCAAAUGGAAAAGAAUCUAAAACAGAAGUACCAGCAGUUGACAGCAGUAACCAACCAGCUGGGGAGGAAAACAAAACAACAGCAGUUGAUCCGAAAGCUACAAUGAACAUGGAGAACGAUGGAAAUCGGGUUUCUGUAUCUGCUAAAAACAAAACUGAAACUGAUGGAGCAAAUGUUACUGCUACAAACGCAAGUCCUGGUGGAAACACAAAAGUUACUAGUACCACUGGAAAUGUCAAUAGUAUGAAAGCUGAAGCAAAUACUGAUGAGAACACUGGAACUGGUAAAAUCACAGAAGCAAAGACAGAGAUGGAUAGUGGAGUAGCUAAUACAAACAUGAACACCACAGCAGAUACUAGUGGGGACACAGGAACAAGUACUGCUGUAAAAACUGAAACAAAUAGCAGAGAGAUCACAGGAACAAUUUUUAGCGGAAGCACACGAGCAGUUCAAAAUACUGAUGCAAAACCUGUUGGGAACACAGGGACAAAUACUGGUGGAAACACUGACACAAACACAGGUACAAAUACUGGUGGAAACACUGACACAAACACAGGGACAAAUACUGGCACUAACACUGGUACAAAUACUGGUGAAAACACUGGUACAAACACAGGUACAAAUGCUGGUGGAAACACUGUUACAAACACAAGUACAAAUGCUGGUGGAGCCACUGUUACAAACACAAGUACAAAUACUGGUGGAAACACUGUUACAACCACAAGCACAAAUACUGGUGGAAACACUGUUGCAAACACAAGUACAAAUACUGGUGGAAACACUGACACAAACACAGGUACAAAUGCUGGUGGAAACACUGUUACAAACACAAGUACAAAUGCUGGUGGAACCACUGUUACAAACACAAGUACAAAUACUGGUGGAAACACUGUUACAACCACAAGCACAAAUACUGGUGGAAACACUGUUGCAAACACAAGUACAAAUACUGGUGGAAACACUGACACAAACACAGGUACAAAUACUGGCACUAACACAGGUACAAAUACUGGUGAAAACACUGACACAAACACAGGUACAAAUACUGGUGGAAACACUGACACAAACACAGGUACAAAUGCUGGUGGAAACACUGACACAAACACAGGUACAAAUACUGGCACUAACACUGGUACAAAUACUGGUGGAAACACUGAUACAAACACAGGUACAAAUACUGGUGAAAACACUGGUACAAACACAGGUACAAAUACUGGUACAAACACAGGUACAAAUACUGGUGAAAACACUGGUACAAACACAGGUACAAAUGCUGGUGGAAACACUGACACAAACACAGGUACAAAUACUGGUGAAAACACUGGUACAAACACAGGUACAAAUACUGGUACAAACACAGGUACAAAUACUGGUGGAAACACUGAUACAAACACAGGUACAAAUACUGGUGAAAACACUGGUACAAACACAGGUACAAAUACUGGUGAAAACACUGGUACAAACACAGGUACAAAUACUGGUACAAAUAUCGAUUGGAAUGCCGGCAGGAAAUCAGAGAACUUGGAAACAACCAAUGAGGAAAACAGGGGAACAAACACUAACUGGAAUACUGCCGGAAAAAAAUUAAAUACUGAUAACAAGGCUUCCAAUAAUCAGAUCUCUGUACAGAAAGUAACAAACACAGAAGAAGUGGAUGACGAAGAUGAACCUUCCUCUGGACAUUUUGUAGCAUACUUUUUGACUGCUGUUGUCCUGUACGUGGCAGGAUACGUGAUAUUCCACAACAAACAGAAGAUUGUGGCAUUCAUCGUUGAAGGCAGAAGUGGAAGACGACAAAGACGACCAAAGACAAGUGACUACAAGAGGCUUCAGCCAAGCGUUGAGGAGGUGAUGCCAUCAUUGGAGAAGUCAACCACAGGAAGCAAAUACAUCUACUGAACACGCUUUAUACAUUUAGGUCUGUGAUGUGUGUAGGUGUAGAGGGCAGUCAGCUUACGUGUCAAAGCAUUCCUAUAGGAGGUUUGUAGGAAGGGGCUAGGGGAGGAGGAUGGAAAUAGGAAUAGAGAUAUCUUGAUGUUUGACAAAUUCAGAUAUAUUUUAGACUUGUUUGAUAGAAUAGUUGUUUAAUCUCUACUAAAAUGGGAAGGGAAUAAAAUCUGCCACAGCGACUUUGUCAACAGAUAUUAUGGAUGGGGUUUGGAAGUUCACUGGAGAUAUUAUAAAAAUGUUAUCAGCAUGAUAGUUUCAGCGUUGGUAUCUGCUAAACAAUCAAGAUCUUGGUUGUGCGAGGGAGAAAGAAAAAUGAACCAGAUAUAUAACUGAUGGAGAUCACUGAUGAUUUUCAGCGGGCGUUUUUUGGAGGAAUGAUAGUGAAUCAAGACAUCAAGUGAAAAAGUCUUGUGAAUCAAUCAGAAGGUGUUGAGGAUUAUUUAUAUUGUGUUCCGUGUGUGUGUUUAUGCUCCUCAAAGGACUGUAUAGUUUUCAGUGUUGACCAAUAGUUCCUCAAUAAGUCCUGUAUGUGAUAUACUCUGAGGGAUUGGAUCUCAUUUUUGUUGAUGAAAUAUGGCUUCACUCUCAAAGUUUUUGUUGAGUAAGGACAAAUUUCAUUGUAUAUGUAACCAAAGUGUUUGUUUACAGCAAUUUAGAUAUGUUUACAUUCCAUGUGCAGUGUUUCGGCAACACAAACAAAUUAUUCCGUUUGAUGUUUUCAUUACUGGAAAUAAAUUUUUCAUUGCACAUUAUGAUAGUGUUGUGGAGGAGUGAGAGCAUAUUUGCUAAUUAAAUUGUUGCUAAUUCUUUCUAUAUAUACAUAUUAUAAAUUUGAAAAUUUAGUGUAACAUUUGAAAGACAUGUCACAAUUACAAAGAUAUUGUAGUGAUUUGUAGGGAUAUGAUUGGCAUGGAGGAGCUGGAAGAGUGGACUUUUGUGCAGAUACUUUGCUUAGAUCUUACCCAAUAUAUCUACACCUUCCUUGGUUUGUAAGGCUGAGAACUGACAUAUAUUUUCAUUGUCAAACACUUGAUACUCUAUUUCAAUGAACUAUCUGUGAUAAAUCAUUGUAUGUACCCAUAGUCAUUCUUUCUGGUAUUUGUCAAACGAAUUCCAUUAUAACUACCUGUCUCCUUUAUAACAAUUUCAUUUGGUUCAACCUUGAUGGCGUAAUUCCUUUUUUUAGAUCUUUUUCUUAGUAUUUCAGGAUCAAAACUUAACCGUAAAGUCAUGUACAUGUAAAUAAGUUACCAUGUAUGCAAGAAAUUAUAUUACUAUCUUUAGCCAUGUAUUGGCUUGCUCUGCAGUUCUUCUUGACAAGGGAUAAGGAUGCAGACAGAAAGUUGAAAUUGUAGACUGGAAAGAGUGAUGUUAGAAAUGAAAGUUUUUGUCUUUCAUGUGUCCAAGGUUGUGCAUCUUGGGGUUGGUGAAUAUCUACUUUGUACUAUGUGCUACAUAAUUUUUCAGCGUGAAGGGUCGCCAGAAUGCGAAGAUCUGAUUACAUCUCACUUUAUUGACGGAAAAUUUGUAGCCAUUUUGACCACAUUACAUGAAAGUAUCCCUGGUCAGAUGACCAUGUGAGAGUGACUGGGUUCAGAUGUGGUGGGUACUGGUGUAGAUGAAUAUAAUGAAAGAGGUACUUAAAUAUUCCAUUACUACAUAUCAGUACUACUAUGUACUAAUCUUUUUACAUUAUGAAAUUGCAAGUUGUGUAUUUGCUCAUUUCAUAUAUAUGUAUCAUCAUUGCUUUGAUUGUGAAACUCAUUAUUUGAAAAAAAAUACCAUUCAGAUAAAUAAAUUGUCAAUUCAUGCUGUAAAACAUCUGCAGUACCUAUGUAUAAAUAGUGUUGCAUUGACAAAUUCAAAUAGUGGUAUACAAGCACAGUUGCUCAAAGGGUACUGGAUCAAAGGUAAAUUGCUUUUACGAAAAAUUCAAUUUUCUGAAGGAAACACUAUGAUAUACUGCACAAAAAUUUGGGAAUUCACAAAUCAUGAAACUAGAACAUACACAGUAUACAUUUAUGUAAUGUUAAAACUAGUAUAUCAUGGUGAACAGGAAACAUAUUAAGACUUGGAUAAGGUUACGGAAAUUUUAGAAGAUUGAAAGACUAAAACUGAUCAAAUAGAGAAAAAAUAUUAACAGUUCAAGUAUAAAAAAAAAUAGUAAAUCUGAAUUAUUUUGAAAAUUUUUUUUCACCCAUCAGCUUUCCAAAAUAGAAUUUACAGACAACACACACUUAACACAAGUUAAACUACUCAGUUCUCAUUUGAAGCAUCUCAGAAUAGGAUAACUGUUUUUGUGCCUUAUAAGUAACAUACCUGCAAGCUCCACUUAACAAAUUUUCAGAAUUUGCUGAAAAAUCAAUUCUUUUUAUUGGGAAAAUAAAGAGACUUCUUUCAGUUAAUGAAUGUUUAUAAAGGUGAGACUCGAAGAUUUUGAGAUUUUCACACCGACAUUCUCGCUGUUUAUCUGUCUUGUCAAAGAAUUGUCAAAUGAUUAUGAAAUUACACAUUAUAACUGAUGCUUUUGGAUAUUAUUUGUUCUUUUUUGAUAGCAUAUUUUAUAUUUCACAUUAUUUUUGAAAUUCCUGAUUUAUCUUAAAAAGCUUUUGAAAUAUUUAAUAUUGCUUUUUUUAAAAGAAAAACAUCCUUCAAAAUUAUGGGUAGUCAGAAGUUUUCAUAAAUUGAGGAAGGCAAUAUUAAUUAUACAAUACAUGUAUGUAUUCCUUCCAAUCCCUACAUGUGCAAGAGAUUUAAAUUAGACAUCAUCUGCAAAACUUAAAAUAAAGAAAAUUAGAAGUGACACAAACUACAACCAGUUCUAUUGUUUACAUUUUCCAUUUAGCAUUAACAAAAACAAAAUGAUGUCAUUUUCCCAGUCUUUCUGAUAAAAAAAUCAACACUGAAGUUUGUUCUCAGAUUGCAGAAAUAAGAAUGACUAUUUUGAAUAUUUGAAUAGACGGGGUUUGAUUUUUUAAAAUACAUAAUGUACAAGGAGUUGCAUUUAAAUAAGCAGUUAUCAUUUACAACGUUGAUAAAUAUAUAGUACACAAACUGCACUGACAUUUUAAACCAUCAUUGUUGUUAACCAUUAUCUUUUUCAAUAUUGAGUGUAAGUAAUACUGAGGAUGUAGAAAAACUUGGUUCAACUGCAGGUCAUAAUUAUCCGUGUUAUAUGUUUGUAUUUAGAAUACUGUCUAUGCAUUAACAGUGGCACUUACUACAUGUACUAUUACUGGUUUCUGUACUGCCAGAAACUAGUACCCCAUUCUUUACUGUCAUUAUCUAACAAUUAAUUUCUCAUUAUUACCCACAUCUCAUUCACCGAGUGCUAACAAAAGUCUUCAGUGGUACAACCAUCUUACAGAGUAUUUAUCUAGUACCACAACAAAACCCUUACAUACAUUACCACGAAAACAUACCACAGAUUUACUAGAAACGUCUGUUACCAUCACUACAUGUAAAUACCAAGAAAAGUUUUACAUAUGUACAGGUACCAUCUAUAUAACAUUAAUAUUACAAACGGCUUUUAAGUCCAUAUUAUAGUACGGCCUGUGUGUAGUGUACCAGAACACAUGUCACAUCACCAUACCAUUAUAUACUGUAUGCAUCAUUAAAACAUGAAUUAUAAGUACCACUGCUAGAUAAAAAUGUGUGUAUUUAUGUAUUGCAUAAUUAAUGUGAGGGAAUUAAGUCAGGAAUAUUCACAUUUUAUUUAGUAUUAUAUAUUAUUGUUCAAUUUGGUAUUAGGUGUUUACCGUCUUGUAUAGUUACAUUUACUAGAUAAACAUGGCAGUUUUAGGAGUGUGCUUCCAAAGGGAAGGUUUUGCUAGAAAUCUGUAAAUUUAUAUGUAAUGCAAAUUAGGCCAUAUGCAGAGGCGCUAUAAAACUUGAAACAAACAAGCAGUUAAAUGUAGUUUUGAGAAAACUUUAAAUGUAUGUUAGACUAUUCUGAUAUAAACUUCCAUAACAAACCAAGGAUCAGUUUUUAGAUUUUUUUGUUUUGUUUUGGGUUUUUUUUUUUAUUUUAUUAUAUAAUUGAUUAAAUUUCGAUACACCAUUACACCUGAUUGGCAAGGCUAUACUAUAAUUGAUAAAGUCUUAAUGUGUCAUUCACAUUUUCAUAAAACCAGUUUCAGUCGUGAAUAACACACCAUCACAUUGUAUGUUGCUAAAAGAAAAAACUUAAGAGGGAAGUCCCUGACCUUGACCUUUAGAUAACUACAAGAGUGCCAUGUCUAAUGAUUUGUUGUAAAUUGGACUAUCAUUCCGUUACACGUGUGUUUUGUUUGUUGUUAAUUUUAUUACUAGUUCACUGUUUUAUUCAUCAACCAAUAAGACUUGUAUAUUAGAAGUGACAUACACAUGAUAUCUGCUUUGUAUAUAUCUGAAUUUUUGUGUUAUUUAUUUGGUGAAUUUGUAUUGCAGGGCUUUUGAAUUAAACUUAAUAUAUGAUCAAUUUGUGAAUCCUCUCAUGAACUGGGGUGCUGUAUAAUGAAUAUAUGCUAGUUUUUUUUAUCUUGCUCCUCAUAAUCCAAUCCUUGCAAUUCACUGUCGGCGUAUAAGAAUACUCCAUUAAGUUUGGUGACAAGAAGCAGAUUUCAUUGCAUUAAUAUUACAUUGUAUUUACUUAAAGGUGGGUUCAAUGGUGUUAGAAAUCUUUCCUCACUUAGAAGAUAUUUUUCUCAAGUGAGAGGGCAUGCUGGAAGGCAAAUGGAACAACUCAUUUACUGUUGCGUUUAAAAAUAUUAUCGCAAUAGAAUUAAGCUGUAUUGAAAUUUACUAUAUUUUUGAUGUCCACUCAAAGAGUAUACAAGGAGAGUUUUCCCCGAAAACCGUUGCGUUUUGAUUGAUGACAAGAAAAUAUGACAAUUACAUUUUAAAUAAGGACAUACCCAAAAUAUUUGAAACCCAUCUUUCAUCCUUUUUGUGACGUAAGCGGUAUUUGAUCGUCACCUUUUGGUUGUGUUUAUACGUUGUUAAUUUGAUAUGUCAGUUGGACCCACACACGUCAGAAGAGCUGAUGACGAUAAGGAGUCUAUUUUGUGUGUAAUCUCGAUAUGUGAACUAGCUUAUUGUAUCAUUAAUGACAAUAAAGGUUUAAAUACUG